CUGUCGUAUGUUUCAGGUCGAGUGACGCGAGCGAAGGAUUUGUUUCCGGUACGUUACACGCGCGUAUCCAUCCAGUCUAAUCUAAACAGUGGCUGAAUAUAUAAAGUGAAAUUGUGUGAAAAUUAAUAAAUCACAAUGGAAACGAUUUUAGAGCAGCAACGUCGAUACCAUGAGGAGAAAGAGAGACUUUUGGAUGCCGAGGUGAAGGAGAUGCUGACAAAGAAAAGCACGCUGCGAGACCAGAUUAACUCGGAUCAUCGAGUCAGAGCGAUGCUCGACAGAUACAUGGAAGUGAGCGCAAACCUCAGAGAUUUAUAUGAAGACAAAGACGGAAUGAGAAAGGAUGAGCUGAACGCAAUAUCAGGACCAAACGAGUUCGCUGAGUUUUACAACCGCCUCAAACAUAUCAAGGAGUUCCACAGAAAACAUCCGAAUGAGAUCUGUGUGCCCAUGUCAGUGGAGUUUGAAGAGCUCAUGAAAGCCAAAGACAAUCCUAGUGAAGAGGCACAAAACAUGGUGGAGUUCACUGAUGAAGAGGGUUAUGGACGCUACCUUGAUCUGCAUGACUGUUAUCUUAAGUACACUAAUCUUAAAGGCGUAGAGAAACUGGAAUACGUCACAUAUCUGUCAACGUUUGAUCAGCUUUUUGACAUUUCUAAAGACAAGAAAAAUGCAGAGUACAAGAAGUAUAUGGAGAUGUUGUUGGAGUACCUGCAGGAAUACACAGACCGCGUAAAGCCCUUACUGGACCAGAAUGAGCUGUACGGGAAGAUCCUGCUGGACUUUGAGAAGAAGUGGGAGGGCGGAGCUUUCCCAGGCUGGCCGAAAGAGGCGAGCAGUGCGCUGACCCAUGCUGGAGCCCAUCUGGAUCUGUCUGCCUUCUCUUCAUGGGAGGAGUUGGCAUCUUUGGGUUUGGACAGAUUGAAGUCUGCUCUGAUGGCUUUGGGCCUGAAAUGUGGAGGAACACUAGAGGAGAGAGCACAGCGUUUGUUCAGCACUAAAGGCAAAUCUCUGGAGUCUCUCGACCCCUCGCUCUUUGCCAAAAACCCCAAAGCCAAGGGACCAAAGAAAGACUCGGAGCGAAACAAGGAAACAGCUUUUCUGGAAGCUCAGAUAUAUGAAUAUGUGGAAAUCUUGGGGGAGCAGAGACAGUUGACCCAUGAGAACGUUCAGAGGAAGCAAGCACGUACAGGAGAGGAGCGAGACGAGGAAGAUGAAGAACAGCCCAGCGAGAGUGAGAGUGAAGAUGAUGAAAAUGAAAUUAUAUAUAACCCUAAAAAUCUGCCACUCGGCUGGGACGGCAAGCCCAUUCCAUACUGGCUGUACAAGCUGCACGGUCUAAACAUCAACUACAACUGUGAGAUCUGUGGGAAUUACACAUACAGAGGACCCAAAGCGUUCCAGAGACAUUUUGCAGAAUGGCGUCACGCUCAUGGCAUGCGCUGCUUGGGUAUUCCAAACACCGCCCACUUUGCCAACGUCACCCAGAUUGAAGAUGCAGUGUCUCUCUGGUCAAAGCUGAAAUCACAGAAAGCAUUGGAGAGAUGGCAGCCAGACACAGAGGAGGAGUACGAAGACUCCAGUGGUAAUGUGGUCAACAAGAAGACGUAUGAAGAUCUGAAACGACAGGGACUUCUGUAAAAUGCCACAAAGUAGAAUGUUUGACAUUGUUGCGUUGUGAAUACUAGUACAUGAGCAUUUUUAAAUAUUAGAGUCCUCUUUCAGCACAGUGUCUUGUAUUUUUAAUGAUUUUUGUGUUUCAUUUCCCAAUUUUCUAUCUGCUAUCUCUAGUUUGAGAUGUUUUUUUUAUUCAAUAAAUUACAUUGUCAACAUA